CGCCGUUUAGUCUACUGUGACACGUCGAUGGGGACGCAUCGCGGUCGGUCUCUCCCGAAAUAUUAUUACUUUAUUACCAUUCAAAACGCGAGUGAGUGUCUGUGAACUUCUACCAACUUUAAGUGUCAGAAUAAUAAGACUCUUCCCUUCUACGACCGGUCCACUCAAGGUCAUCGAUCAGCAAUUGGACACCUGUUGUGUUUAUAUACUAUAUGUACACCCGCAGCAGUAUAUCGAGUGCCACUAGAAAUGUGUUUCAAUAAGUAUCUUAUCAAGCUGGCGGACUACUUCAGAUUGUACUCCGACACGUCUCGUUAAUGCUCGUGUGAAUUAUAAUUAUUCGAGAUGAUCAGCAACACGAAGAUUGUGUUCACCAAGCUCCUCCUCUGCUGCAUCGUGUCAGGAGCCUGGACGCGGUCAUGGGCCAACCACCACGACACCACAACCUCAACCACACAAACAACCCCCACCACUAGUCAAGCACCAAAGAAUUUCCACAAUGAUCCACUUAUCGUCGAAACGAAAAGUGGCCUCGUCAAAGGUUACGCUAAGACAGUAAUGGGCAGAGAGGUACACAUCUUCACCGGCAUUCCUUUCGCGAAGCCCCCGCUAGGACCGUUAAGAUUCCGCAAACCGGUACCCAUCGACCCGUGGCAUGGAGUACUUGAAGCCACAGCGAUGCCAAAUAGCUGUUAUCAAGAACGGUAUGAAUAUUUUCCCGGUUUUGAGGGAGAAGAAAUGUGGAAUCCAAAUACAAACAUAUCAGAAGACUGUCUCUACCUAAACAUUUGGGUUCCGCAACAUUUACGAGUCCGUCAUCAUCAAGAUAAACCUCUUACGGAGAGGCCCAAAGUGCCAAUACUAGUGUGGAUUUACGGUGGCGGCUACAUGAGUGGCACGGCAACACUCGACCUAUAUAAAGCAGACAUAAUGGCUUCUUCCAGUGAUGUAAUAGUAGCAUCUAUGCAAUAUAGGGUGGGGGCGUUCGGAUUUUUAUACUUGAAUAAAUAUUUUUCGCCGGGCAGUGAAGAGGCUCCGGGAAAUAUGGGCUUGUGGGAUCAACAACUCGCUAUUCGUUGGAUUAAAGAUAAUGCGCGUGCUUUUGGAGGCGACCCCGAAUUGAUAACAUUAUUUGGUGAGUCGGCCGGAGGGGGGAGCGUGAGUUUGCAUAUGCUUUCCCCAGAAAUGAAAGGAUUAUUCAAAAGAGGAAUAUUGCAAUCCGGGACACUCAACGCUCCGUGGAGUUGGAUGACAGGAGAGAGAGCACAAGACAUAGGAAAAGUUUUAGUAGAUGAUUGUAAUUGCAACAGCAGUCUCCUCGCCGCUGACCCGAGCUUAGUGAUGGACUGCAUGCGUGGAGUUGAUGCAAAAACUAUAUCAGUACAGCAAUGGAAUUCGUACACUGGGAUAUUGGGAUUCCCGUCGGCGCCGACAGUGGACGGCGUGUUUUUGCCCAAAGAUCCGGACACAAUGAUGAAAGAAGGCCAUUUCCAUAAUACCGAAGUGCUUCUUGGAAGUAAUCAAGACGAAGGAACCUAUUUCUUGCUCUACGAUUUCCUUGACUAUUUCGAAAAAGACGGACCGAGUUUUCUGCAGCGGGAGAAAUUCCUUGAAAUCGUUGACACAAUUUUCAAGGACUUUUCAAAAAUCAAGAGGGAGGCUAUCGUUUUUCAAUAUACGGACUGGGAGGAAAUUACCGAUGGUUAUCUGAACCAAAAAAUGAUUGCGGACGUGGUCGGAGACUACUUCUUCGUGUGCCCAACUAAUUAUUUCGCGGAAGUGCUGGCGGAUUCGGGCGUCGAAGUUUACUACUAUUACUUUACCCACCGUACCAGCACCAGUCUGUGGGGCGAAUGGAUGGGCGUGAUGCACGGUGAUGAGAUGGAGUAUGUCUUCGGGCAUCCACUCAACAUGUCUCUGCAGUACCACACUCGGGAGAGAGACCUGGCUGCUCACAUCAUGCAGUCUUUCACUAGAUUCGCACUAACUGGUAAGCCUCACAAGCCUGAUGAGAAAUGGCCGCUGUACUCUCGUUCGUCGCCUCACUACUACACGUACACUGCGGAUGGUACCAGCGGCCCGGCUGGACCUCGAGGACCUCGGGCCUCCGCCUGCGCUUUCUGGAAUGAUUUCCUCAACAAGCUCAAUGAGUUGGAGCACAUGCCGUGUGAUGGAGCUGUGACAGGGCCAUACAGCAGCGUGGCUGGCACCACGCUCCCUAUAGUGCUGCUGACGACGCUUGCCACAACCGUCGCGUUGUAAACGCAGCACAUCACAGCUUGAACGAUUCAAGCGUAUUUAAGCAUUAGGAGAAGAGUAGAAAAAAUAUUUAUACAAACUAGAACAAUAACAAUGCAAAUUAAUGUUUUCCUUCACAAAUUAUUAUAAAAUAUCAGUUUCUUUGAGGUAAUGACAUAAAAUCAUGAAUCAAAUUAUCUCAAGAAAAUUGAUAUUUUAUACUUCUUCGUGAAGACCUAGAUGAGUCAGCAAAAAGCGUUUCGAAUUUUAAUAUUUGCUACUAAAGUACUAGAAGUAAUUGUUGUAUUAAUUAAAUAUAUUUUAUCGAAAUCUUACAUAUCACUGGCGAGUGGGACGUGAAACGAAAAAGGACAAUGGACGGAAUAUUAUGAAAAGGAACAUUUAAAAAGUGAAAUCGUGAUGUGAAUUUGUACGAGAUUAUAAAGAAGGACGUUAUUAAGAAGAUGUUAUAUUUCUUUUCUUGUAUCAUACCUAAUAAUAUUGUAGAAAAAGUAUGUUGGAUGUUAAAUAAUUUAGUUACAAUGUUCCUGUAACUAGUUGUUCCGUAUGUUUGAUGUUUCAUAUAUUUAGUUAAUGUGUAUUUCAUGUUAUGAGUAUGGAUAUUAUUAUAUAAAUGUCGGCAGAUUAUUGUAAUACCUGUGCGUAUUAAAUAAUUUAUUAUUAUACUUAGAGAAAGUAUUUGUACGUCGGCUUUCAUUGUUAAAGCGAAGCUUUCACACACGACAGUUUGAUAAAUCACUAUACAUAUCAAAGUGUGCCUCUGCUUAAAUAGCAAAAUGACAACUUAUUCGUAGCAAAAUUUUACGAUUUUAUAUAUUUAAUGGUAAUAUAGAAGUCGAGUGUAUACUGUGAGAUGAAUUUUUAUCAAUAUAUUUACUACUAUUGUAUUUAGGACGCUAAUAUUCGUACCACUUGAGGAUCUUAUGAACUCCAAAUUCUUAUGACUUCGAACAGAUAAUAGUAUAUUUUGUGAAUAUUCCCUUCUUUAGUAUAGAUGCGAUAUUCUGAACGCUGUGUAGACUUAUGUGUACCUUACUUAUUGUAUUUGAUAGGCAAAGCACAAGAUACCGUAUAUCAAUGUAGUACAACUAAGUCACAUGAUUCUGACACUUUUUCUUAACACGGUUGAGUAUAUUUUCUCUUGACACUAUCGAAAUCGUAUACAUAUCAUUAAUGUAAACAUACAUAUCAAAUAUAUUUAUGAGGAAAUUAUAUACAGGUGUCUAUUCGUCUUCACAAUAGCAGUGAAUUCCGAAACAGUACGUAAUUCGUAGCUUAAUAACGCUUUAAGUGAAAAAAUAUCUUAUGAACUUAGUAACAAUUUUUAUACUUUUAACAUUAUAUUUGUACUAAAAAAAAAACGUUAGCGGUAAUCAAAUAUUUAUACCUAUGCGAUUGUCAAUUACUAUCCUUGAACAAAAUGGAAGGCGGCGGGAGAAUUGAAAGAAAGUGGCCAUGCUUACUCAAAACGACAAGAAAAGUAUUGAUUUAAUACUAAAUUGUAUCUAUUUUCACCUUUCCUCAUGUUUGAAACUGUCCUUGAAACACGGUAUUAUCCCCUUUGUGAGCACGAAGUAGUUUUAUAAUUUAACAACUGACUUUUAUACACAAAAACUGUAUUUCCUAAGGAAUAUAGAGAAUAUUGUAACAUUGGCAAAGAUGCACAACACUCGCUUUCUUGUUGAAUUAAGCACAAUUUGAGAAGUUGUAUGGGAUAGCUUUAAUUAGUAAGAAUAAGAUGUAAAGUGAUCUAAAUAAGAAAUGUAUUAUAAGUAGCAAUUUCAAAUAAUGUUAAGAUCGGUUUUAACCAAAAUGUUAAUUUAACUCAAGUUGUAAUAAUGCUUCAACAAAUGUAAAACUGUAUACAGAUAUUAUAUAUUUUGUAGUAAUAUAAUUAAAUAGUUGGUACGUUACGUUCACAUUUAUAAUUAUAAAGGAAGUAUUGCACUUAAUUUUAAUACAGUUAUCUUUUGGAUAUUAUUCGAAAUCUAUUUAUUAUAAGGUAUUCUUGUUACUUACUUGUGUCAAACUUGUAGAACGUGCAAUCAGCCUUGACUGUUUUAUGACCUUUUUGUAGACAUUAAUCCCGAUGAUAUUGAUUUUUGUAUACAUUUCUGGUAGUUUAAUAUCAAUAAGGACAAAAUCUGCCAAUAAUAUGGCAAGAAAAUGAAUAUUAAUUCAAAACAGAGACAGUAGAUUCUAUUACAGUAAACCAUAGGCAUUUUGACCAAGUUACAACUUAACCAUUGGACCAAGGUUAAUCGAUUCAGUAGUUAGUCACUGUCUCUGAACUGAAUCAAUCUAUCUUCUGACCUGCAUACCAAAUAUCUAGCCAGAUAUAAUAUAUCAUUCAAAAAGCCAACCAUAGCUAUAGUAACGAACAUAUAAACACAUAAUAUUAUAUUGUACUAAGAAACCUUUUAAUUUAUUUUCAAUAGGCCUAAACUUUAAUUUCCACUCAUAUAGAUCUAUGUUAUAUGGUAAACGUAGGACUAGUCCUGCAUACUAUCGCUGUACGAGACGAUAUCAAUACGUACUGUUUGUUGGUAUAUAUUUGUUACAUAAGCUACUCAUUAGGCGUAGUGUAUAGUCUAGUACGUAAGUCUUAGUAUUGAUGUGAUUGCCACUAGAAUUUUACGUAACUAACUGGUCUAUCUUAUUUUCUCUCUGCAAAUGUGACUAUGUAGGCAGAUUAUCCAUACUAAAUAAUCAAAAUAUAUGCGUAAACAAUAGUCUGUAACAAUGUAUGUAUGUAAACCAGCUCUUAAAUGUGUAGUCAAUUAGAGAAAAUCUACAAUGGUAUUAUUUGUUAGAUAAAAUAAAUGUUUAAUGUUAUUUGUGUAAGCUUACAUCUGUUAUGCAAACGAUAAUAGUAGUUACUGCUUUACAAAUUAGGUGCUAAUUUAAUGUGUGUAUAUAUGAGUGUGCACAUUCGUUUUAUCACAGAAAACUAAAUUGCGGAUGACGUCGACAAUAUGUGUUUUAUAUGUUAAAUCCAGUGUCGUGUGCUAUCAAUGCUUUCAGUAGAUGAAAAAAAAAUAUAUACAUAGUUGUAUGUCUUGAUUUCCUUCACAGGUUCAUCUAAUCGUAACGCUAAAAUUACUAUCAACAUUAGUUAUUAUUGUCAUAGAUUUUGAAUGUCGAUAUAUUUAGUAUAUUUUUAUUAUUAAAGUAAAUUCGUUUGUACAGUUGCACGAAUAUUUAUUUCACUGUAGCGGAAUAAACUAUUUUUGUCAGAAUACUGUUACACAAUAGUCUUAUAUAUUGCUUUUAAAUAAGUACUAUUUGUUUAUUAUCUCUAUCCAAAAAAUUACUCAAUAAAAUUUAAUUAAAA